CGCAUCCCCUACACACACCCACAAUGGACCUCAGACAGAUCCCAGGAGCCGCCCCGGCACAGGGAGAGAACGCGGAGGAGGAGGCCGCGAAGCGCGCGCAGGAGGAGCAGAUGCGCCGGGAUCUCAUGGCGACCGUCCUCGAGCCCGCCGCGCGAGAGAGGCUAUCGAGGAUAUCCCUCGUGAGCCCGGAGAGGUCAAGGCAGAUAGAAACGAUACUCGUUCGGCUGGUGCAGUCGGGCCAGAUUCGGGGGAGGAUAUCAGAGGCACAACUGAUCGACUUGCUGGACCAGAUGGAAGGGGCAGGGGGCAACAAGCCUGCUGCCAAGUCCACGAUCGUGUACCAGCGACGGAAGGAUUUCGAUGACGAUCUCGACUUCUGAUGCCUGGAAAUGUACAUCACUCAUCCUACAUAUGUAUACUAUAUUUCGGAUACUGAUCAGAUGCUCGCUCGCGAAUGCCCGACAAGCAUACGCUUACAUCCCCUCAAAGGCCAA